AUGGCAGCCGGCCUGAAGACCAUCAUUGCUUUGUCAUUCGUUCUCGCAAUUGGCUUCCUCCUCGUCAUCCUCUCCUCGGCGCUCUUUCACAGCUACCUCACCCUACUCGUCGUCGCUACAUAUGUCAUUGCACCGCUCCCUAACUGGAUAUGCGGAAGAUGCGCGAAUCCAGAUGAUUUCAUGGAAAGCGCUGGAAGUGCUGCAAUAGACUUUGGACGGUUCUGCACCGGGUUUCUAGUGGUGAUGGGCAUAGCUCUACCGGUCCUGCUGGCGCAUUGCGGGCUGAUCCAACCUGCUGCAAUGGCCAUGUCGAUCAUAGGAGGCUUGCUGAUUUAUGGCACGAUAAUAAGCUUUACAAUGUUCUUUCAGGAAGAGCAGGACUUUUGA